UUGGGUGCUGUUCAGUUAGAAAUUUCAUAUCACUUGUCUAUGUUUAAUAACAUUGUGUGGGUGUGUGUAAAACAUAUGCUUGGACAUAACUAUUUCAAGUUAUUUUAGAUUGUAAAAUCUUGUUUGUUGAAAGUGAAUUAACAAAAUGGCGACAUCUGGAAUUUCUAGAAAUUCUUAUGUGGUUAAAUAUUAUUGUUGUACAAUCUGCGAGAAAAAACGGUCUGUAGAAAUAGAUGCAGAUUUUUACUGUAAAACAUGUCUUAAAUACUUCUGCAGAACAUGUAUAAACUCCCACAGACAGCAUGGUUGGUGGUUUUAUAAAAAAAAAUCACCUUAUGGAAAGGAUAACAUAAUGAAGUGGCCACUUUCUAAGAAGAUGGAGACUUCUCUUUUAAUAUGCAUCAUACACAAGCGUGAAAAGUUAACAAUGUUCUGCCCGGACCACAAUCGUCUGUGCUGCUCUAAAUGUGUUGAGCUUAAUCACAGACUAUGCUUACAAGUAACUCCAUUACCUCAUGCUGCCAGAGGGAAGUCAACCGACUUCAAGAACCUGUCUGUCAGCACGGAAAAUAUUCUUUCACAAAUGAAACAAUGUCAGACGUAUCAGGAGGACAGAAUGAUGUCUCUUAAGGUUUCAUACAAAGAACACGAAAGGCUUAUUGUGGAUGGUUUGCGUGUGAAUAUAGUAUCGUAUUUACGCGAAUGUGAAACCAGCACAGUUAAUACAACACAUGAACAUAUGCAAUACACAGUCAUUGACAUGCGUGAGAAAAUCAAAUAUUUAUUAGCAGCUUUUGAGAAAAGCACUAUUAAGGAGAAGAAAGAAGAUCUAAACCUGAAACAAGCUCCUCUCAAGGUUGUGAGAAACAGCUGCAUUAGACUUCACUAUGAAUUGUUCCAUCUCCAUGUAGCCAUACCGAAAGUACUGGGUAAACCUGAACUCUCUUUUAUUGCCAGUAAAAAAUGUCUGGAAAAUAUACAACAAUCUGAUAUAUUCAUAAAAGAGAACUUUUCAAACCAUGUUUUCACUGUGAAUGGGAAGUCUGUGCACAAUGUAAAUAUGCCAAGUGAUUCAGACACAUGCAUGAUAGAAGCAGUAUGUGCUCUCCCAAAUGGACAGGUCCUGGUUGCAGAUAGCAAUAAUAAAAAUGUCAAGCUUCUGAACCAACAGUACCGUGUGGUGAGCCACUUGGAUGUGAGGUAUGAGCCAUGGGACAUGUGUCUUAUCACACCCACUGAGGUUGCAGUGGCUGUGCAUGAUGAGGUCCAGUUUAUCACAGUAAGCCAGAGCCAACUCGCCAAAGGCAGGAAGCUUAAGUUACAACAUUAUUGUACAGGUAUUGCCCACAACCAGGGUGACCUAUAUAUCUGCUCUGAUACUGCUCUGUACAAGUUCACAUUGAGUGGCGAACUGGUCUGCAGACUUUAUGAAGAUUCAUCAGCUGAUUUCACAGUAGACAAGUGUGCUGUGAGUCCCACAACUGACAGGCUGUACAUCACCAGCUUCUUGAAAAACAAGCUUCUCACCCUGGCCAGGGAUGGCACACUCCUGGCUACAUACACAGACCCAGCACUAGUGUGGCCAGAAGGUCUACAUGUGACCCCUGCAGGCCAGGUGCUGGUCUGUGGAGGCUGGACCCACACUGUACUACAGGUGGGCUGGGAGGGGAAGAGUAAGCUGGCUAAUCUUGCUACUGAGGAGGAUGGAGUGAGGAGGCCACGGUCAGUCUGCUACAGCAGCACAACAUCAUCCAUCAUUGUGGGACAGAGGAGGGACAACAUCCUGGUGUUCAGAGUGGAAUAGUGUGUACAUUGGCUGCUGAGUCAGGACAAGGUUGCUGAGGAUGUGGUGGACAAGGAUGACCGGAAUACACAGAAGGUGCUUGACCAAAUACAAGAGGCCGUCCCAUCAAUCAGUCGUCAAAGUCAGUUGAGAUGGACCAGAACAAGGCAGAAACUCAGCAACAUUUUACGCACUCAACUGCUCAGCACAGAAGACUACUGUCUGGUGAAAGGAUCGGCUGUAUCAAAGUCCUGUGAUAUGGGGGGACUUGGUCGUUCCAUGUGUGGGGAUUGCAUCAUGAAGGACAUUUUAGAUGACACUCACAAGGUGAGCAGGAGCAUUGUUAUUGAGUUGCCAUGGCAACGGCACCAGUCGGACCCCCAGGAGCCUCAGUCCAGGACAACCCUUCCCCUCCCCUGAUCUCUAGCUCCUCCCCUUUGACCUCCUGCUUCAAAGCUUCAUUGAACAAUACCGGUCUGCUGGAAUAUCUGAGCAUGCUGAGUUUUAACAAGCUGUUCUCAACAACUGCACUGUCCUUGUUGAUCGAUCCACACUCCUGCCUAAGUAGUUUGUUAAGCUCCAGUGCCUGAGGUGGGUCAAGUAUUUCAGACACGCAGAGUUAUAGCAGUAGUUAUGGUAACACAAACAGGCACUGAUUGUGGACUUCACAACGAAUAGUACGAAGAAUAAAAAGUUGGAUAACUUUUUCCAUGCUUUGUUGGACUAACAGAGCAACAUGGAAUAAUGGUAGAAAAUCUAGAAACAGUUAAAGAGUUAUAGAUUGAAGCAUAAGCUAUCCACGGGGUCUACUUCUGAUUUCAAUAGUAGUAGCAUUAUGGACCAUCCUGGUUUGUCCUCUUAUGCAUCCAAAAUGUUCAAAGUGAACGUGCUUUUUACGCAGUUGCUGUCAAAAAAAACUUUGUAUGAACACUCAUAGCACGAUGAAUACAUCGGGUGUGGUUCAGACGCAAAGUCUUCCCAACAACAUUAACACUAUGCUUAAGGUGUACCCAUCAUGGUUUGUUACGAGCACUUCACACUCCAAGACAGCCUCGCAUUGAGCUGACACUAGAUAAAGCGUUGAAAAAUGACAGCAGUUUUGUUGUGUGGUCCAGUAUGCCUUUUGACUCCAACCCAACAUGAGGUAGAUCUCAAACUCAGCCCUUAGCAAUCACAGCGAGGCCAGCAUGUCAUCUCACCUUCUUGAGCCUCAGUCAUUGGACGGCCUGUCAUGCAAACGAAUUCAAGAGUUCAAAGCAAAUAUUAUUAGCCAACAAUACAAACAUUGUUAAAGUAAAUGUCGAUGGAAAAUGGCCGGCAACCCCUUCUGUAACAAAUACUACAACUCGCUCAAGAAAUUAAGUAUGAAGACGUAUUGCAGCAGCCUAGCACACCACAUCUUCUCCAAUGUUGGCUACAUCAACACUUCAAACAGCAGAGCCUUGAAGAGCACCAUCAUCGAUAUUGAUUUGGCGCGGCAACAGCACCAGUCCAGCCCGCAUGAGCCUCAGUCAAGGACGAACCUUCCCCUCCACCUGACCCUAGCAGCCUCAGUCCACGACGACCCUUCCACUCGACCUGACCCUAGCGCCUCCACCUUGACCUACAGCCUCAAAAGAUUACAUUAUUAUCCAAGAAGAAGAACAUUGUUGAAGUAAAUGUUGAAAACAGUCCAAACCCCCUUCUCACACAAAUACUACAAGUCGCUCGAGACAUUCAGCACGCCACCUAUGAACAUCUCGCACAAAAACAACAAGUCGUUCAAGAAAUUCAGCACGCCACCUAUGAACAUCUCCCACAAAUACUACAAGUCGCUCAAGAUUCAGCACGCCACCUAUGAACAUCUCCUACAAAUACUACAAGUCGCUCAAGAAAUUCAGCACGCCACCUAUGAACAUCUCCCACAAAUAAUACAAGUCGUUCAAGAAAUUCAGCACGCCACCUUUGAACAUCUCCAACAAAUACUACAAGUCGCUCAAGAAAUUCAGCACGCCACCUAUGAACAUCUCCCACAAAUACUACAAGUCGUUCAAGAAUUUCAGCACGCCACCUAUGAAUAUCUCCCACAAAUACUACAAGUUGCUCAAGAAAUUCAGCACGCCACGUAUGAACAUCUCGCACAAAUACUACCAGUUGUUUAAAAAUUUGGCAGGCCACGUAUGAACAUCUCCCAGAAAUACUACAAGUUGCUCGAGACAUUCAGCACGCCACCUAUGAACAUCUCGCACAAAAACAAGUCGUUCAAGAAAUUCAGCACGCCACCUAUGAACAUCUCCCACAAAUACUAUAAGUCGCUCAAGAUUCAGCACGCCACCUAUGAACAUCUCCUACAAAUACUACAAGUCGCUCAAGAAAUUCAGCACGCCACCUAUGAACAUCUCCCACAAAUAAUACAAGUCGUUCAAGAAAUUCAGCACGCCACCUAUGAACAUCUCCAACAAAUACUACAAGUCGCUCAAGAAAUUCAGCACGCCACCUAUGAACAUCUUCCAAUACUACAAGUCGCUCAAGAAAUUCAGCAUGCCACCUAUGACCAUCUCGCACAAAUACUACAUGUCGGUCAAGAAAUUCUGCACGCCAUCUAUGAACAUCUCGCACAAAUACUACAAGUCGCUCAAGAAAUUCAGCACGCCACCUAUGAAAAUCUCCCACAAAUACCACAAGUCGUUCAAGAAAUUCAGCACGCCACGUAUGAACAUCUCCCACAAAUACUACAAGUUGUUCAAGAAAUUCAGCACGCCACCUAUGAACAUCUCACAAAUACUACAAGUCACUCAAGAAAUUCAGCACGCCACCUAUGAACAUCUCCCACAAAUAAUACAAGUUGUUCAAGACAUUCAGCACGCCACGUAUGAUCAUCCCCUUGAAAUACUACAAGUCUUCAACAAAUUCAGCACGUCACCUAUGAACAUCUCACAAAUACUAUAAGUCGCUCAAGAAAAUCAGCACUCCAGGUAUUAACAUCUUGCACAAAUACUACAAGUCGCUCAAGCAAUUCAGCGUGUCACCUAUGAACAUCUUGCAUGGUGGCUUGGUGAGUCUGACUUCUGUCUUGACAAGUCACUCAAAAUAAAAUAAUCGGAUCUAACAGACAGAGCAGGUGCUGAGUGACUCGUCUGUUAACUUGACUGACCUCGAUACGUUGCUCUCGAAUAAUGAGAACCUGACGCACGAGUAACAGUGCUGUCCAACAUUCCCAGUUUUUGGUUGGCGACUUCACUGUCGGGACUCACACAAUCUCUGCCUAUAAGCAACAAAAACAGGUUUUCAGUAUACAGAUAUGCAACUGGAGUGAUGAUAUGCCCUGAAGAUAUUUAUUAAUUAUACCCCCUGUUAAUUGGGGUAUAAAGGAAUCCCCUUGGACGGACGUCUAUCUGUCUGUCUUUCCAUCUGUCUGUGGGCGUUCACUUAACGAUUCAACGUUCAGCUUUCAAACUUUCAGGACCCCAUACAAUCACAGUUUGGUACUCAGCAGAAUUACAGGCUCUCUGGUGAGCUGGAGCUGGACGCCCAAGGACAAUUCCUGAGUAUAGGUGUCGAGCUCCUGGGCCAGGAAUUCGGGGCAUAGCUCAACGAGUCCUACCCCAGGGUACAGCCACUCUAACCUUGGGGCUCCACACUUCCCUGCUCAGGGGCAGAGAUUAUCUAAUCUACAAGGACAACAUGUCAAUGAACAAGGCACCUUUCUCUGAAAACCUCGCCGAGCUAAUGAACAGUUCAACUACGCCAUAUGUGACCCUUCAGAGAAUGGAAUUCCUAGCCAAAUAUCUAAUCGGUGCCAAUCUGGGCCCCAGCAGCAGCCUCAGCCGUGGGGGACGGGUUUAUGAAGCAAUCUGGGCUCCAGCAGCAGCCUCAGCCAUUGGGGACAGGUUUAUGAAGCAAUCUGGGCUCCAGCAGCAGCCUCAGCCAUGGGGGACAGGUUUAUGAAGCAAUCUGGGCUCCAGCAGCAGCCUCAGCCGUGGGGGACAGGUUUAUGAAGCAAUCUGGGCUCCAGCAGCAGCCUCAGCCGUGGGGGACAGGUUUAUGAAGCAAUCUGGGCUCUAGCAGCAGCCUCAGCCGUGGGGGACAGGUUUAUGAAGCAAUCUGGGCUCUAGCAGCAGCCUCAGCCAUGGGGGACAGGUUUAUGAAGCAAUCUGGGCUCCAGCAGCAGCCUCAGCCGUGGGGGACAGGUUUAUGAAGCAGGGCUCCAGCAGCAGCCUCAGCCGUGGGGGAUAGGUUUAUGAAGCAGGGCUCUAGCAGCAGCCUCAGCCGUGGGGGACAAGUUUAUGAAGCACCCUGAUCUUCUCAAUCUCACAUCAACAGUAGAUCAACAUGACCUCCAGCAGCAGCCUCAGCCAUGGGGGACAGGUUUAUGAAGCAAUCUGGGCUCCAGCAGCAGCCUCAGCCAUUGGGGACAGGUUUAUGAAGCAAUCUGGGCUCCAGCAGCAGCCUCAGCCAUGGGGGACAGGUUUAUGAAGCAAUCUGGGCUCCAGCAGCAGCCUCAGCCGUGGGGGACAGGUUUAUGAAGCAAUCUGGGCUCCAGCAGCAGCCUCAGCCGUGGGGGACAGGUUUAUGAAGCAAUCUGGGCUCUAGCAGCAGCCUCAGCCGUGGGGGACAGGUUUAUGAAGCAAUCUGGGCUCUAGCAGCAGCCUCAGCCAUGGGGGACAGGUUUAUGAAGCAAUCUGGGCUCCAGCAGCAGCCUCAGCCGUGGGGGACAGGUUUAUGAAGCAGGGCUCCAGCAGCAGCCUCAGCCGUGGGGGAUAGGUUUAUGAAGCAGGGCUCUAGCAGCAGCCUCAGCCGUGGGGGAUAGGUUUAUGAAGCAGGGCUCUAGCAGCAGCCUCAGCCGUGGGGGACAAGUUUAUGAAGCACCCUGAUCUUCUCAAUCUCACAUCAACAGUAGAUCAACAUGACCUCUAGCAGCAGCCUCAGCCAUGGGGGACAGGUUUAUGAAGCAAUCUGGGCUCUAGCAGCAGCCUCAGCCAUGGGGGACAGGUUUAUGAAGCAAUCUGGGCUCUAGCAGCAGCCUCAGCCAUGGGGGACAGGUUUAUAAAGCAGGGCUCUAGCAGCAACCUCAGCCAUGGGGGACAGGUUUAUGAAGCACCCUGAACUUCUCAAUCUCACGAACAGUAGAUCAACAUGACCUCUAGCAGAAGCCUCAGCCAUGGGGGACAGGUUUAUGAAGGACCCUGAUCUUCUCAAUCUCACAUCAACAGUAGAUCAACCAAUCUGGGCUCCAGCAGCAGCCUCAGCUGUGGGGGACAGGUCUCCAGCAGCAGCCUCAGCCGUGGGGGACAGGUUUAUGAGGGAUCCAGCAGCAGCCUCAGCCGUGGGGGACAGGUUUAUGAAGCACCCUGAUCUUCUCAAUCUCACAGCAACAGUAGAUCAACAUGACCUGAACGCGGUUCGUGUUCAGUGUCUAACAGUAUUCUAAUGACCAAGCCACGUCAGCGAAGCAGCAAUAACAGCAGUCAAGUCGAGGAUCACCCAAAACCACUUGGUGCCUAGCGAUGAUUUUUUCUGCUACCAACUUGACCUGGUUAUUGUACUCAUGUGCGCGUCAGGUUAAAGGUCACCUAAGGUUUAAUCAGCAUAUAUGGCCAUGGUAGUAAGACAAUUUAAGAUCAUAAAGGGACUUGUUGACCAACUCGACGACCAAGUUAUUUAAUAUUGUUUCAAAUGUAUAAACGAAAUGACUGCAAUACAGGGCAUCAUACGAAAAUCUACAUACUUUCCCCUUUAAAUGUGUAAAAUUAACAAUGAACAAAAUGACUACAAAACAGGCAUUUACAAGAACAUCUUUGAAUAGUUUCCUUUAAAUAUUGCUCAAUCUUUUUCAAAAUGUAUGCAGAAAGAAAAAACUUUGUCUCUAUAAAGAUUGCUCAAUAUGUUUUUACUGCAAACGGAUUAAUUACAGAACAGGAAUGUAUCUUUUAACAUUAUCGUUGAAAUGUCUCAACCAUUUGCAGUAAACAACAUGACUGCACAAUAUGGCAUCAAUGGCAAAGAAGAAGUGAUCAGAGGGGGUUAUAACGUGCAAGUCAAGAAGGCGACGUCCAUGACAAGACUGAAAACCCUGAUUGCAAAAUGCAGAGUCUGCUCCAGAAGCAUUUGCAGACACAGAACAUGAACCCGCUGCAGUCAUCGUCUUCAGAUUAUAUCAUCUCUAUGGUGCAGGACCCUCAGUCUGUGAACACAGGCAACCUUCGGCGCCAAUGACGAAAUCAAACCAUCCAAUCAGAAACACAUCCUGUUGCAGCAGUUAUUACCAUAUUGACCCCAGUCAAACAAAAGAAACUCAGAGAUAAAUACUGUUUAUGGUGUUCUAGUCUCUACAUACCGUGUGGUAUGUUGAGCACGUACUCUGACAGGUUUCAUCUUAUAAUUGUUUGACUGGUGGAAAAUAAAUGACCUUGUUCAAGUCGAAAUGUCAGAAUAACAAUUCAUAAUUCAAAUGCCAAAAAGUCAUAUCAACAGCCACAUUUGUUAUGUGACCAGCAAAGUUGUAUUCAAAAAGACACAAUAGUUUACUUUAUAUUUUCUUGUGACCAACCAAGUUGUAUUUAAUGAAAAACAAUAGUUUAUGUUUUAUGGGAAUUAUGAUGCUGUCAGUCAUGUUAUGUUGGACGUUUUAGUUAAAUAUAGUAUGUUACAAACUGUAUUAUUUGAAGCACACAUAUUGCAGGUAUAUCCAAUGUCUGUGUCUGUAUUAUGAACCUUUCACUUCAGAUUUUGAUCCGGAUAUGGUAAAUUUAAGGGAAAUACAAUCAUAACAAAGUUAUUUUAAGAUUAUCAAAGCUGUUUAAAUGUUUAUGGUAACUUGGACACAAUUGAAAAUAUAUUGGCGUAUUGUCCAUGUUUCAGUUUUCUGUUUUACCAGUAAUAUAGAUGUGCUCAUUAAAAUAAUGCUUCAAAGAGGUUGAGAGUUAUGAAAGUUCAGCUUUUCUGUAUAUCAAUCUUUCUGAACUCAAUACUUGUCAAUUUGCUCAUUCGGGUCGGUAUUUGAUCCAAAAUCUUGUUAAGUAGCAUACUUUUUCAAGGGAAUAUAAAUUAAUUCUGGGAAAAAGUGUUUAAUCUACUUAAAUUUAUUGAUUUUUUGUUACCACCAGUACUUUGUUGAUUUCAAUUGCUAUGGUUUGCUAAAUAAUUAAAGCAUGACUGUUGUUUUAUUUGGAAAGCUUUUAAUAAAACUCAGAAUUAAAAACAAUAUUUAAAAAAAAAGAUGAGUUUUAUGAAAAAUGGCACAUUUUAUGUUUGUUAAUUUGUGUUGUAAGAUCAUACACUUACAUGCUCAUAAGUGUUAACAUUCGAUUUUGGAUGUUAAAGUUUAUAAUGCUUUAUAUAUGCAUAUGUAGAUUUACACAACCAGAUUGUACCUUCUUAAAUCAGUGAGUAAUUUAACCCAGAUUUCUUGAUAACUGUUUAUAGGUAUAUUUUGCCAUUUAUACAUAGAGCAACUGCAAAGCGAUUGUAUUUUCGAUGUAAAUCAUACAUUUAGUGUUGCCAUUGUUUAAACUCACUGUUUACAUUUAUUUGUACACACCAUUGUUAUAAAACAACAUUGCUUGUGUAAAUGCACAUAUAUGUAUAAAAACUGUUUAAUAAUGCAGCAUUAAAUAUUCUGAAGAGAAAAGGAUAUUUACGGCAAUAGAAACACCUUGUUAUAUGCUAUGCUUUUCAUCGAAUGAAUUUGAGCAACUAUUAAAAUGAAUUUAUUUCUUCUUUAAUUUUAACUAAAUACAACGAUAGUACCUUGAAAUUAGAAAUGAGUCAAUUACAAAAUAAGGGAGAGUGAUGUCAUAUGUUAACAAUUGUCAGGCAUAGCAAUUGCCUCUAUUGGUAAUAUAACAGAGCAAUAUUAUUUGCUUAAACAAUACAAAUUAAGAUGUCUUUUUUUGUUAGAUAAUAAUUGUGUUUACAACUUGAUAUAACGAGUAAAUACAUACAGAAUUUCAAAUUAUUUCGCAAUAUAUACUCGGCAAUAAGUGAAAGUCUAAAAGGAUUUUGUGGAAUAAACAAUUUGCAAAUUAUUUGCUUGUUUCAUGAAGUAAUAGUUAAGGUAAAAUGUGGUACUUAUUGUUACACAAACACAAUGUGUAAUAACAAAAUGCAUCAGUAAUGACAUUUAUUAAAAUUCCUUAAAUUUGCAUGACUACUCAGUGCUUUGAGUUUUGUAAUUGUGACGAUUAUAAGUGAAUAUUCUGCAAAAAAUACCUCUAUACGAAAUGUGUAUAUUUCAAUAAUAAUGGUAUACUUGUAUGCAAAGUACUUGAAUAGUUUUGAUGUAUUGCUGAUAAAGAAUUGUGUAAUUGUACUAGUCCUAUUCCAGUUUGUGUAACGUUGACCGUUCAACAUAAGCUGUCAGUGGAGUGAAUUCACUGGGGCCAGUUUCUGUAAAUCUUCCGAUUUAAAACUGCAGCAUACACGUAUGUCUUAAAUCCAGAUUUACAUAACAGUGUGGUUGUUUAUCUUGAAUUUGUAUUGAAUGCAUAAAACAUGUUUGUUAUGUUGUUGAACAACUGAAGAUAGCUUAAAUGUGUACAUUGUGUUUCAUUUUUAGAUAUAUCAAAUUGAUACAUAGAAAACAAAAUACAAAAUGUGCAAUAAUUGGUAUGCAUGUUUAGCCCAAAAAAUGUUAUCAUACAAGCAUAUAAGUAUUGGACUAUAUGAUACUGUAAGAUGAAAUGUUUAAAUCACGUCAUGAUGUGUUCAUCUACUUUAAAUAAACAUUUUUCAUAAGUAGAUAUUGGUUGUAUAAACUCUAUUGAAACUGCCCCCAAUUCAUUUUAAUUGCUUUUGUAAAUAUAUUCAAUAUGUAACAUUAUUGUUAAUGGUAUGUUUAUAGUUAAAGUGUAAGUGUUUCUCUAAACUGUAACCGGGUGUCUGUUUAAUUUAUUGAGAUGUGUUUAUAUUGUCCGGCUUAUUAAAUUAAAUAUUGUGCAAAUUGUC